UCCAUUGCUAUGGAUUCAUUCAUCCUCAACUAUUCUGUUAGAGUGGAAGCAGUAAAAUUUUCAAUCAACUAUUAAAAAAAUUUAGUCUUUCAUCCCCUCCCUUCUCUUCCUCUCACCUCUUACCAGUACAGUUCAACACAGUGAGGAAAUAUAAAAAAAAAAAAAAAAUAGAAAGAAGAAAGGAGAAUUCUACUGAAAAAUACUCACAUUCAUAUCCUACCUGCAAAGCCAGUCUGUCGGGGAAAUUUAGGGAAGAAGAAGCAAGGAACCCAAGUAUGAAAGAGCAAAAUGGGUAACUGUGGCACUAGAGAGGAAUCUGCUGUUGUAAAUGCUCAAGUUCAACAGCUCCACGUGCCAUCGUCGUUGCCGGGGAAGGCGGCUCCCGCCGACAAGAAGCAGAAUCACAAUCGUAGUGUGUCAGAUCUGAGCGAUCCUUCUACUCCACGCAAUUUCGAGGACUCCCGGAAGAAUGCUGUGCUAUACACCGAUGUCAUUGCCUUCACUUUGUAUGAGCUCGAGACGAUUACCAAGAGUUUCCGGUACGAUUACAUUCUCGGAGAGGGUGGUUUUGGGACGGUCUACAAGGGUUACAUAGAUGAGAAUGUGAGGGUUGGCCUCAAAUCUCUGCCAGUUGCGGUCAAGGUCCUCAACAAGGAGGGCCUUCAGGGCCACCGUGAAUGGCUUACGGAAGUCCACUUUCUUGGGCAACUUAGGCAUCCUAAUCUGGUUAAGCUGAUUGGAUAUUGCUGUGAGGAUGAUCACAGAUUACUUGUAUAUGAAUUCAUGUUCCGAGGAAGCCUUGAGAAUCAUCUCUUUCGAAGUAGGCAUUUUCGCUUUCUCUCCUAUUUGGUGUUUCCUCGACAAUUCAUCAUAUGCAUUUCUGGUCCUUUUUGGCCAUCAAUUACUGUAAUUGCAUGCCAUGCUACCUAUUGUUUAUUUAUGUUAUGGCUAUCUUAUCACAACUGAGCUUUAAACCUUUGUUGUCUUGCUGUCUCAUAUACUUGGUGUUCAAGCAAUAUGUGCAAUUCUGCUUGUUCUAGCAAUGUAUUAGGAGAUUAGCCUGCCCCUCAUACUUUUCCACCCCUGCAUGUUCUUCUAGCUUCUGUCAUAAAUUUUUUUCUUUGUGCAUGCAUGAUUAAAACCUAAACCAUGACAAAUUAGUCUUAUUUUAAUUUUUCUGUUUGACUGUUCCCUUUAGCUUUGAGAUCUUUUAUGUUAAGCACAUUCUUCCUUUAAUCGUCCUGUAAUUCUGAACAACUUUAGUGUCUGCAUUCAAAGGAUUUUGGGUCUUCUUUUAUUAUUGUUAUUUUUUUCUCCAAAAAAAAAAAAAAAAACAAAGAAGGAUGAAAAAACCGGGGACUAAAAACAGCUUUGCUGAAGAGAGCCAGAUAAAACUGUAAUGUAAAGAGCUCAUGUCUAGACUUGUAUGAGAGUAAUGUUGAAAAACAGUAGUUCUGAAGAGGGCAAGAUAGAACUGCAAUUUAAUGAGCUCAUGUCUCAAAAAAUAGGAUUUGUUUAAUUUGCCAGAGAAGGUUCAAGAUGACUUGUCUCUUUUGGAAAAGAAAAAGCUUGCUGAUUAUCUUUAUAAGGCCUAUAACAACCUGAAUCUCCAAGUACUAUCUGGGAAUAUGAAACCUUUGCUCUAGCAGUGUAGCCAUUUACCUAACUUUUCCUUGUCUGCUAACAUGGAAUGAGAGAACUCCUUAAAUCUUUCCCACCCUCUAAAUAAAAACCUGGGGCUGUUUUCCACUCAAGUGGUUUGAUUUAAUUUGUGAAAUCAUCUGAAGUGAAUAUACACUUCUUUUUAGAUCUAGGCUUCGGUUUAAUUUAAGUAGUGAAAUCAUGUAGAUUGGAUAUGUGCUUUGAGAUCUAGGCUUCUUCUCCAACUGAAACUAAUAAUAUUGUGUAGUUACGGACCUGAUGGUUGAAACUAUGUGAGCAAUCAAUCAUCCACUUCACA